AUGGCAAUCAUACACCACUACAAGGGAAACGACGGGACUUCGGAAAAGAAGCGAAAACAAUCCAAAUUCAUAAAGUUUCUUACGGGUAUCCUAUUGGUGUAUGCGUUUGGGUACUUUGUAUACAUCAAGCAUAUUGCGGGAAUCUUUGUACCCGACAGAGACGUUGAUCCAGUGACUGGAAAGGAACGGAUUCGACGGAGGCCCGAACGGCACGUUUCCAAACACACCAAACAGAAAACAACACCACGAGAUGCGGCUUUGGAAGGUCACUUUACGCUGAUUGAUAUUGCCGUAGAAGAUGAAGGAUUGCUAGCGCGUAUUCCGGGAAAACGAUACAAUGCCAUUGGUACUUUUUGCAAGAUCGAAUGGAAGAAACAACAAGAGAAUCCGAGUACAGUUCCAAUGUUUAAGGAUUUGCAAGCCCAAUCCUUCAUGUGCGAAGGCACUCAAGUCGAAGUCGAUCUCUUUGAUCUGGCCCAAGAUGCCCGGGCGUAUGAUGCUUCCUUUAAUGAUCCUGACGUAUUCACGGGCAAGAAGAGUGUCGUUUUGCCAGUGGAACCUGCCGGUUUGGUCUUUCACGAAACUCGGUGUGGAUCCACUUUGACUGCCAACUUAUUGGCCGCCUUUUCUCCCGAUCACUCACGCGUCUAUAGCGAAUCUCCACCACCCGUCCACGCUUUGAGAGCUUGUUCUGAUCGACCAUGUGAUCCCGACAAGCAUACGCAAUUGAUCAAGGAUGUCUUUUAUUUAAUGGGCCGGACACUACGGGUGGACCGACCCCAACAUGUAUUUUACAAAAUUCAAUCGAUUGGUACCAUGGACAUUGACAAGUUUACGUCCGUCUUUCCGAAUACUCCGUGGGUGUAUCUGUAUCGUGAUUCGGUCGAAGUCAUGAUGUCCCACUUUAAGGAUGCGGCUGCCCAGACGCUCAACAAAAAGGGAAAGAAACGAUUGCCGGUGUGCGCGAGAAAUUAUGUCCGACCCAUGAACCGACAACCGCGCACCACUCAAAAGAUUUUGCAAAAGCAUGACAAGACAAUGGAAAAUAUUGAAGUUGCAGAAUACUGUGCUGCCCAUUUGGCUGCCUUGUCCUUGGCCGCCAUUGAUGAGCACAAAAAGACGGGGAUGGGGAGAUUCAUCAACUACAAUCAAUUACCAGAGAUUGCUUGGGAUCGAAUAUUACCCGAGUUCUUUGACAUCAAUCCCAUUAGCGAUGGCAUGAUCGAAAACAUGAAGCAAGUAGCAGGUGUCUACAGUAAGGGCCGAAACAGCAAGGCCAAUCAAGUCUGGCAAGAGGAUGCCACCAACAAGCACAAUCGGGCCACACCCCAAGUGAUUGCGGCAGCCCAUGAGUUUUUGAGUGACAUUUACGAUCAAAUGGAGAAUCUGUCAAAAAGUUAA